UCUGUGGUGGCGGGGGUGGCCUGCGAAGGUGUCAUGGCUGCGGCCACCGAGCUUAGUCGCCCUAGCAUCGGUAACAGGAGCCUGGAGCGGAGCUGCAGCCCCAGCCUCUCCCAGGAGGUGCUCUGCGAAAUCUUUCGCUCCCUGCAUACCCUGGCCGGACAACUUAACCUCAGAGAUGAUGUGGUGAAAAUUACAAUCGAUUGGAACAAGCUCCAGAGCCUCUCGGCACUCCAGCCCGCUUUGCUCUUUAGUGCACUUGAACAACACGUUUUAUAUUUACAGCCUUUUUUAGCAAAACUUCAGCCUCUGAUUAAAGAGGAGAAUACAGCUGUUGUUGAAGAGAUAGAAAAAACAGAAACAGGGAACAAGAAUGAAGUAAAUGCCAAAUUUCCCACUGGCGAGCUACAAGAGGAAGAAAAGCACAAAGAUGGUGAUUUAGGAGAUGUGAAAAAGACACAGAUCCAUUUUGAUCCAGAAGUAGUUCAAAUAAAGGCUGGAAAAGCAGAAAUUGACAGACGAAUAUCUGCAUUUAUUGAAAGAAAGCAAGCUGAAAUCAAUGAAAACAACGUCAGGGAAUUUUGCAAUGUUAUUGAUUGUAAUCAAGAAAAUAGUUGUGCAAGAACUGAUGCCGUUUUUACCCCUUACCCUGGAUUUAAAAGUCAUGUAAAAGUUUCUAGAGUUGUCAAUACAUAUGGACCACAGACUAGACCUGAAGGAAUUCAAGGGUCAGGUCAUAAACCCAACAGCAUGCUUCGAGAUUGUGGUAACCAGGCAGUAGAAGAAAGACUACAAAAUAUUGAGGCUCACUUGCGAUUGCAGACAGGUGGUCCAGUGCCAAGAGACAUUUAUCAGAGAAUUAAAAAACUUGAGGAUAAAAUCCUUGAAUUGGAAGGCAUCUCUCCUGAAUAUUUUCAGUCUGUGAAUUUUUCUGGAAAAAGAAGAAAAGUUCAACCACCUCAACAGAACUACUCACUGGCUGAACUUGAUGAGAAAAUUAGUGCCCUCAAACAAGCCCUGCUCAGAAAAUCAAGAGAAGCAGAAUCCAUGGCAACUCACCACCUUCCAUGAAUAAAUCCUCUCAUCCUUGUCAUUUUACUUUUUUAUAUACGUGUGUAACUUACACUACAGUUAAUUAAAUGGAUAUGUAUUUAUCUGUGUAGACUUCCUUCUGAAGUCAAGGUUUAUUUUCAUGUGAGUCUAGCUUGCAGCAAAUACUCUUCAGAUAUUCCAGUGAAUUUUGAAAUAGUUAAUGCAUUGAUAAUAGCAUUGUAGAAAUUUAUUCCCUUCUGUUUUAAAGGAGGUAUUUCGGAAAUUGAAAAACUUAAUUUGAAAGUACAUCUUUGUGUGUGUGUGUGUGUGUGUGUGUGUGUAUCACAGAAAGGAAGGUUUAUUUUGAAUAGUCAUAUUUUGAAGGACUUUAUAUUUGUAAUAUCAGUGUUAACUAGUUUAUUUAAAUUAGUGCUUUGUACAUACUAGGCAUUCAACAAAAAUGUAUUGACUGAAAUGAAUUUUAAAUGAAUGCAUACACUUUUUAUUUUUCAAAUGUCAAUUUUCAUGUAAAUAAACAGUAGAUUUCACCUUUAUCCCCUUAUUGGCUGUGUGACCUU